GCGCAAAGCGUGUGUGUGUGCUUAAUGUUUUGCAAGUCACUCUUUGUCAGCGUUCGGCUGUUUACGUCCAAUUCGAAGUAUUUACUGAAUAGUUUUGCGGUUUCGCGUGUGACAACUGCAAGAUACCCUGCCGUAUUGGUCAGUUAUCAAUCUUGUGUUCGUACAAUUUGUUUAUCGAGUAAGAUGGGUGGAAAUACAACGUCUAAGGAUGAGAUUGUUGAAGCGUACGCUUGCAAAGUUGGUGAAAUGAAAGAUGGAGAAAUGCGGGAAGUUUCGGUAGGCGACGGAAAAGCAUUGCUGGUUCGCCAUCAAGGGGAAUACAGUGCUAUUGGCCAUAAAUGCACGCAUUAUGGGGCUCCUUUAGUAAAAGGUGCGUUGCGCGAUGGUCGUGUUAGGUGCCCGUGGCAUGGAGCGUGUUUUAACGCUAAAACUGGAGACAUAGAAGACUUUCCAGGCCUUGACUGUGUUCCUAAGCAUAAUAUAGUGAUUCAAGAUGGUGACAAAGUUGUGAUCCGGGCGUGCAAAUCGGCGCUUGAAACCCAUAAGCGUUAUAAGCCUAUGGUGCAAACGCAAAAUGAGGAUGGCCCACACGUUGUCAUUGUGGGAGGGGGGCCAGCUUCAGUAACAUGCGCAGAAACUCUGCGGCAAAAAUCCUUUUUGGGGAAAAUUACAAUUCUAUCUGCAGAUCCUUAUUUGCCUUAUGACAGGACAAAACUAAGCAAAGCCAUGGACAUCAAACCAGAAGCCAUUUUCCUACGACCGCAGGAGUUCUACGAUGCUGUGAACAUAAAGAUCAUAAAUAAUAAGCGAGUUAAUGGAGUAAAUGCCGAAACGCAGGUCGUUACUUGCGAAGAUGGAGAUACGUUUAAAUAUGACAAACUGAUGGUUGCGACAGGUGGAAGGCCACGUACUUUGCCUAUUCCUGGUUGGGACUUGAAAAAUGUCUAUGUCCUUCGUACCCCUAAUGAUGCUAACGCCAUCGCUGAGGUUGCAAAAGGCCGUAAAGUGGUCAUCUGUGGCGCAUCUUUUAUUGGAAUGGAAGUUGCAGCUUCACUUGUGUCAAAAGCGGAAUCAAUCAGUGUUUGCGAAUUCUUUAGUGUUCCGUUUGAAAGAGUUCUUGGCAAAGAGGUUGGUCUUUUCUUGCAAAAAAUGCACGAAUCGAAAGGAGUAAAGUUUCACAUGAACGCUUCAAUGGUUGAACUAAAAGGAGAGAAUGGCGCUGUUGCGAAAGCAAUUCUUAAAGACGGUUCAGAACUGGAGGCCGAUUUGGUAAUAGCUGGAGUUGGCAUGAUCCCUGCUACCGAGUUUCUAAAAGACACAGGAAUUCAGAUCAGCAGCCAUGGUUUUGUUGGUGUCGAUCGCCACAUGAGAGCACUAAAGAGCUCCGGAGAUGGCGAGAUUUUUGAAAAUAUUUACGCUGCCGGAGAUAUUGCAAUGUUUCCUCAAAUGCUAAGGGAUUGGCAACCUUCAAACAUACAGCAUUGGCAGAUGGCACAUUACCAUGGUAGAGUAGCAGGUACUAACAUGGUCGUACCUAAUGAUGAACUACAGUCAGUAGAGUCUGUACCUUUCUUCUGGACACAGCAGUAUGGGAAAAGUUUAAGAUAUACAGGUUACGGAGUUGGGUAUGAUGACAUAGUGAUCAAAGGAGAAGUUUCUGAAGGGAAAUUCUGUGCAUAUUACACUUGCAAAGAUCAAAUUGUUGCCAUAGCGACCAUGAAUUCAGACCCUGUAGCUGCAGAUUUUGCUCAAAGGAUGUUAUCUGGCAAAGCAUUGACCAAAAGUUCCAUUUAAAGAAUGCAAAUAAUGAUUGUCUGCAAAAAGAGAUAUACUGUAUCAUAUUGACUUCUUCCGCAGUUUUUGUUGUAAUAACAUGGAUUCUUAACAGUUCCUUAAAAUAUAUGUAUAAAUCAGUUCUUUUGUUCCAUAUGCAAUCUAGUGUAUAAAGAUGUGUUUGUAAAUUUAACGUUUGAGUUGCAAUUCUACCAAAUUGUUGCACAUUACUAAUCAAUGAAGACAUCAAAGCUGUGUAAUUAUUAAUUAUUCUAAAUCACAGUGUAGGCUCUCAAUUUUGAAGGGAAUUCAAUACAAAAUAUUCUGUUUAACUGUAAUAAAUGCUGAUCAUAUUACUGGCUGGAUGUGAAUUUUUGAAACUGUAACUAAAAUUGUAUUAUUAUAUUCUGAAUAUGUGAAUUUUUCAACAGUGAUUUCUAUAUAUACCUUGAAUUUUGGCUGGGGUUUGCUCAUUCAAUAGCUGUCAGUUUUACUGCAGUAAAUCUGGUGACAACUUUGCCCUUAAAAACUACAGUACAUACAUCGUAGUUUAGUAGACUCAUUGUGAAUAAACUUGCAACAGACUUCUUA